AUGCUUUUCUUUAGACCCACAAGGACUUUCUGCCAAUGCACAAGAUUAACCCAACAGAAAAGACUGCAACACAGUGGUGAAAACCGGAGAGUCGUAGUUACCGGACUUGGACUCUUGUCACCACUUGGAAUCGGCGUUUCGCAGUCAUGGUCUCAGUUGAUUGCUUCCAAAUCAGGUGUUGGCAAAGUCAAAGACGAAGAACGCUACAAAGAUAUUCCCUGCAAGGUGGCCGCCUAUGUGCCCGACAUUGAUUUACAUUUAGAGCAGUCCUUUAGCAAGAACCAUUUGAGAACGUAUUCGCGUUCAACACUGUAUGCACUGCUUGCGGCAAAGGAAGCAGUUGAUGAUGCACAGUACCGGCCGGCAAACGACCAUGAAGCUUCUCGAAGUGGAGUUGCCAUCGGUUCGGGAAUGGUCGACUUUGAGGAUGUUCUCUCGGCGGGUGACAAAUUACGGCACGAAGGCUACAGCAGAGUCAGCCCCCACUUUAUUACCAAGGUGCUUCUCAACUUGCCUGCGGGUCAUGUGAGCAUGGAGUACAACUUGCGAGGACCCAAUCACACAGUGUCCACCGCCUGUGCCACUGGGGCCCACGCCAUUGGAGAUGCAUUCAACUUUAUCCGACACAAUGUCGCCGAUGUGAUGCUCUGCGGUGGAGUGGAGGCACCUAUCAACCCGCUUUCACUGGCUGCCUUUAGUCGGAUCCGAGCUCUCUGCACCAAGUACAAUGAAAACCCUGCUGCUGCAUCAAGGCCUUUUGAUGCCAACCGCUGUGGCUUUGUCAUGGGCGAAGGCGCAGGUGUUUUGGUGUUGGAAGAGCUGAAUCACGCUUUAAAGAGAAGUGCUAAAGUGUACGGCGAAAUUGUGGGAUACGGGCUUUCAGCUGAUGCCAACCACGUGACGGCUCCCAGUGAGGACGGACAGGGAGCGCAGAGUUGCAUGAGAAAUGCUCUCCUUGACGGCAAUCUACGGUUAGAACAAGUUGGGCACAUCAACUGCCAUGCUACCUCCACUCCUCUGGGUGACCAGAUUGAGCUGAAUGCCAUCAAGGACUUGUUCAGUAACUCAGGUGCCAAUUUGGCCAUUACCAGCACCAAAGGCUCCAUCGGGCACUUGUUGGGAGCAGCCGGAGCCACAGAGACAAUCUUUGCCUUGCUCGCAUGUCAUCAAGGCGUUGUUCCGCCGACACUCAACUUGGAUUCACCCAUUGACAGCCAAGUCCACAUAGUUGCCAAUCAAAAGCAAUCUUGGUCAGAAGACAAACGGGUGGCAUUGAGCAAUUCAUUUGGUUUUGGCGGAACUAACGCGUCUAUUGCCAUUUGUAACUUUGUAAAUUAG